AGGGAACGCCUACAUAACUACCAUGCUAAGAUGCGUAUCUACCACUCCUCUUGAUGUGCAUGCAUUGUGAGUGACAUAAAAUAACGAGGCAUACGGAACAAAGCGAGACCAAAACAUCAAAGAAAAAAUGCCGCAAAGAACAAAUGCAAUGAUAACAUGCUUGACAUACGUGAAAUCCCAUCCCAUGUGCAUCGUCUCCCCUUCGUCGUUUUCCUUUUCAUUACCCCUCAAACCCUCCGAAUCGUGGCACUCCUCCCGAUCGUACUUGAACUUCCGGUCAUGCUGGGCAGUUUUGACUUUGGCGCGCUAAUGGUGGGCGCUGGAAGUCUGGAUGCAGGUAGCGUUCCGCCUGUAGGACGGGGCAGCCCCGAAGCCAUGCCUACAGUCGCAAAGCGCGAUGGCGGGCGCAGGCUCUUUGAUGUAGCAGUGGUAUUAGAUGCGGUUGGUAUCUUCACUGGCGGAGCCUUGCUAAGUGAUGACGCAGUAGGCUUCAGCAACCUUGAUUUGAGCGUCCCACUAGAUGGUUUUGUCUGUACAGGUUGGGAGGGCAUACACAUCUCAAGGGGUGAAUGGGGAGGCUCAGUAGCUUUUGUGCGCAGACCGAGGACGCUUGUGAGUUUGCUCUUCAUACCCAGCGUAGGCCGUAUACCCUGCUCAGGCUUGCAAAAUACAUUCGCCUUAAGGUCGGCAGGUACCAGCCCAGGAGGAGGGCGACGCACACCAGUUAGUAUUGGUUUGUGGAUCGAGGUGGAAGGUACAGUCGGUGACACCUGCUCCUCUGCGCUACUUCCAGCAGACGAGCCCGCACUAGACAGGGAAGUUGUCCUGUCAUGUGCCUUGGGCCGCUUCACAAUGCGGAGCGCAUGCACUGGAGCUGCGGGAACUGGUGCAGUGAAUGCCAGCGAAACCCUCGGCGGUGUCACUGAUUGCAAUGCUGGAGAAGGGAUCGGGGAUAAAGGUGCAGACACCUUCAGUGACUCAGAGACCUCAACCUCGGGUGCAACAACCAUGGCUGGCCGCGGGGAGGGCGACGACAAUUUCAUUCCCGGAGAGAGGCUGCUCCGUCUUGUUGUCAAUCUCAUGGCUACAGGGGGAGCUGGUACAAUGGCAUGAAAAAAGGGGGAAAAAUCAAAGAUAUGAACGCACCAUUUGCAGUAACCGCUGGAGGUGAUGGUUGUGGCGUUGG